CUCUUGGGUUAAGACCCUACACCUCAGUUGCUAAUGAGCUAGGUGAAUAGUCUACAAAUGAGGUAUAAAGAGCUGCAACACGCUGCUAGUGGGGGAACUCAAAUCCAUACUCUAAGUCAUGUUGGCCCAAGCCCUUACCAUUAGAUCAACCAACGUGUUAGUUAGUUAAAGAUUAGUGUUUAUUACAUACAUAUUAAUGCACACACCUUUACAAAUAAAGUCACGAUUUCAAUUGUUUUUUUGCAUGUGUAAAGAUAUGCAUAACAAGUUUCUGCCAUGUGUAAAAUAUACUAGAACCCUCUCAAUUUUGUAUUGGUUGUUUGAAAUUAGAUUUGGUACAUGAAUUGAACUUUAAUCACGGUGCCAAAUAGCCCAUUCCCAAAAAAUUUAUAACAUCCAGUCCACGUGACACGCACAUGCCGCCUCAUUCAAACCCAAUUUAUCAAAGUUACUCUCAUUCUCAAACCUGUCUCACUGACUGAACCACAUGCUGACAUGCAUGUAUGCAAUUAGGAUUGUUUUGUAUUUUCCGGUGGGCAUUGGUCUGAGAUUGAGUUUUGUUUGGGAGUGACUACAAAAUCGAGUUUGAAUGAGGCCUCGGCAUGUGCACUGGAGUCUGGAGUGGAGGUUAGAUUUUGGAGGGCAAGGGAUUUAUUUGGCAGUGAGUAGCACACAACAAUGCAGAUGCUAAUACAGUUUAAAAUGUACACUUACUAAAUUUGGCAAAGAUGAUCCCAGAAAUGGACAACUGGAUUGAGUGGUACCAAAUCUAAAACCUUAAAAGAAACCAACGUCUUACGUUGUUGUUGUAGUAAUAACAUUCACAAUUUCACAUACAAUAAUAAGUGACUCUCUUUCUCUCUUGCCCCUAACAAUAAAAACUUACGCGGUUUUUUCCCACCACAUUUCCUGCACUUCUUCCGCAACUCUCCCCUUCAAACAAAAACCUUACAAAGUGUUGCCGAAUUUGUGGGAAAGGCGGAGAUUGUCGCCUCCACAGCCCGAUCUUCCAAGCAACCAUCGAAAACCCCCAAAAAUUUAAAAAAAAAAAAAAAAAAAUGGCAUCUUUGAGUCAUUUUCUUCUUUAUUUCUUCCUCUUCUCCUUCUUCCUUAUCACAGGCUUGGCCUCUUCUAAUUCCUCUUUCCUUUCAGAUGAAAUAUUUGAGUCACGUGAUGAAUCCACUGGCCGUGUCCUCCUUCAGGCCAAGAAAGCAUGCACUGAAAACUUUGAGAACAAGAACUAUACAAUCCUCACAGCCCGGUGCAAAGGACCACAAUACCCACCUGUGGUUUGUUGUAACGCUUUGAAAGACUUUGCUUGCCCUUUUGCGGAUGCCAUCAAUGACUUGACAACUGAUUGUGCUUCAACCAUGUUCAGCUACAUCAACCUCUAUGGAAAAUACCCACCAGGCUUGUUUUCCAACCUGUGCAGGGAAGGAAAGCUUGGUCUAAAUUGCACUGAUGUAGGACCUGAUCCCGAUGACAUUAGUUAUGGAGUUCAUACAACUGUGACACACUCUACAUUGCUAAUCAUCACUGCUGGCUUCAUAGUCUUCUUAUUAUUCCAUUGGUUCUGAAGGAUGAAAUUUAUGAGAAUAUAUAGCCACUCUUUACUAUUUAUUGGUUUAUUUAUUCA